GAUGGGAUUGUCUUCCGUUCUUCUUGUUAUUCUUUUUGUUGUUGUUGUUGUUGUUGUUGGUGGUGGUGGUGGUGGUGGUGGUGAUGUUGUAUUGGAUUGGCUGUUUCCUUUGCAUGGUAUUGAUUGUGUGUGUGUUGUGAUUGAUUAUGUGUUUUGUGAAUUAGAUGAAGCAUCAUGUGAGGAGGGAUCCCAGGAGCCAUUUUCAUCUGUGUCACGAAUGGGGUUCCACGAACUGGCGCUUGGGAAUCGACACGAAGGGAGAUUCCUUCAGGGCAACAUGCGUGGGCUUCCUUAUCGAUCUACGGCCGUUCAGUUCCUGCUUGGGGACGACGACGACAUCAACCAGGCCAUCAAGGUCGCAGUUUACAACAUGAGACCGAGCGGUCGCACGAAAGAAGAUCUGGAGGAGCUUUUCCCGUUGGGAUGCCGGAUUGCAAUCAAGGAGCCUUACUUCAAAAGAUUUAUGGACGGGAUGGUGGGGAUCCGUGUGGAGAAUCCUCAAGACAUAGUUUUUCUCAGCACUGAAACAAUUCCCAAAGUUCCGAAAGUUCCCGAAGUUCCCAAACGGCCCUCGUCUUCCUCGUCGCCCUCGUCAUCGUCAUCUUCGCAAAAACGCGGACAAGAACUCGGAAUUUGAGAGAAGGGGAACGAGCUUUACAGUUUUUUUUUUUUUUUUUGUAAAUACCUAUCCCUUAAAAAAGAAUAAAUAAAAAUAUAUGUU